AGGGAAGGAAAGGAAUUCGGAACAGACGUAACCACUGCAGAAAGACUGUACUCGAGCAGCCAAUGCCUAUCUUUGGCAAUCCGGCUACAUUCACUUCUUUUUUGUUAUGCUAUCUGGAAAGAUAUAUGAUACUGCUUUAUUAGUUAAUUAUUGUAUUAUGCCUCCAUCUAUAAAGUAUGACUAAUUUAGUUAGUAAGCAAUUACCAUCAUUACUACAUUGCUUGCUAAUUCUGUUGAUCGUGCAGGACCGUUGAAGAUGAUAUAAUUAUUGAUCCAGUUGAAUCUCCAGAGGUUGUUGAUGAUUUUGAACUCGGACAAGAUGAAGCCGUUGACUUAAAAGAUAAAGAGGUUAACAAGCAGAAACUGAGGAGACGUGUGGAUCAAUACAAGAUUGAAGUAAGGAAUCCAUGCCGUAAAGGAAAAAAACUACUUGUUCUUGACAUUGAUUAUACUCUAUUUGAUCACCGUUCACCAGCCGAGAACCCUCUGCAGCUUAUGCGACCUUAUCUCCACGAAUUCCUUGCUGCUGCUUAUGCUGAGUAUGAUAUAAUGAUAUGGUCUGCAACCAGCAUGAAGUGGGUUGAACUAAAGAUGGGGCAGCUUGGAGUACUCAACAAUCCCAACUACAAAAUCACUGCUCUUUUAGACCAUUUAGCAAUGAUCACAGUUCAGUCAGAUUCACGUGGUGUAUUUGACUGCAAACCUCUGGGUUUAAUCUGGGCACAAUUUCCCAAGUAUUAUGAUUCAACGAACACCAUCAUGUUCGAUGAUCUUAGAAGAAAUUUCGUGAUGAACCCGCAGAAUGGAUUGACAAUCAGACCCUUCAGGAAAGCCCAUUCUAAUAGAGAGAAUGACAAGGAACUAGUAAAGCUUACACAGUAUUUGCUGUCCGCAGCAGAACUUGAUGACCUCAGUGUCCUUGACCACCGUAGUUGGGAAUCAUACAUUGAAGACAACUCUAAGAGGCGCCGUCGUGUAUGAUGGACCUUGUAAUGUAGCAAUGAAACUCAAGCUGUACUUUCAAGCGAAUAUUUGCAUGGAUUUUGUCAAAUUCUGAUAAAGCAUUAUCAAGUAAAAUUUUCUAGCAAUAUUGAUUAUAGUAUAUUGCCCUCUGAAAGUUGGAGAAAGGUCGUUUAUUCCUAACCAGAUGGUUAGAAGUUAAAACUAUUGAUGUUGUUGGAUUAUAUAAUAUUUGAUUAUAUUAUGAAUGCCAAAAUUAUAGCAAUUUGACGAAUCAUCAACCUAUUACUCACUCAAUAGAAUCGAAAUUACAAGCUUGAGAUUCACAAAAUACUGCUGUGAAGGAAAGGGUUAGGCCUUGUUCGCUUAGACUAGUUUUCACUAAACAUAGCUUAUAUUUGCUGUACUGAUUUAUUUUUGCUAAACAAAACUGAGUUUUACUGCAUCUGCAUUGUUUUAUCUUAUACAAUGUAUUGAUUUUCAGUGAA